AUUUUAUUUUUAUUUGACUUUUAAAUUCCGAUUGCAUAACUUUCUACAUUGAAGCAAAUAGUUUUGCACAGGCAGUUACUUUUAUAAGUUAUAUUUCCACGUUCGAUAAAUAUAACUGGAAUAUGUUGGCGACACGCAGUUUUGGAAAUUUAAUUCGCGCUGCGGGCGCUACUCGCCUAAAGCAUACAUUGCCCGAGCUGCCUUAUGAGUACAGUGCAUUGGAGCCGGUAAUUAGCCGGGAAAUUAUGAGUCUCCAUCACAGCAAGCACCAUGCUACGUACGUAAAUAACUUAAACGUUGCAGAGGAAAAACUUGUACAAGCUCAAUCUAAAGCAGCAGAAACAAGUACAUUGUUAUCACUUUUAAGUGCUGUUAAGUUUAAUGGAGGAGGACAUGUGAACCAUUCAAUAUUGUGGUGCAAUCUUAGUCCUUGCAAGACGGAACCAUCCUGCACCUUUUUGAAAGCUGUUACACAGGACUUUGGAUCAUUGGAGAAUAUGAAGAAUCAACUUGCAGCAGCUUCCGUUGGUGUGCAGGGCUCUGGCUGGGGCUGGCUUGGAUACAAUAAGCAAAUGAAAAAGCUACAAAUUGCCACAUGCCAGAAUCAAGACCCAUUGCAGGCAACUACAGGACUCAUACCUCUCUUUGGUAUUGAUGUGUGGGAGCACGCUUAUUACCUUCAAUACAAGAAUGUGCGCGCAGAUUAUGUAAAAGCAAUAUUCGAUGUCGCUAACUGGCAAGACAUUUCUGCCAGAUAUGAUAGUGCUGCCAAGUGAAAUGUUUACAGUAAUCCCACUUAAUUUAAUCUCAGCAUUUCGGAUAUACCUUUAGAAGUAUGAUUACAUAUGUAAACGACAACCACAAAGUGCUUGUUGUAGAUUCCAGAAAACGCCUUAUAUUAUUUUAUCUAAGUUGUUAAUAAUACAUGGAUGUUUGUAGCUA